AUGAAGAGAGAAGCUUUGGGUUUUAGUAAUAAUUCCAGUAGUGAUGAUAAUAAUAUAAAUAAUAAUAAUAGUUUAAGUAAUAAUAUAAAUGAUAGUGCCAAAAUAUCCUACGAGAGCGGAAGUAAUUUUAUGUUAUUGUUGGAAGAUUUUGGUGAAUACUUUUAUAACUACAACGGCAGUGAUUUUAAUUCAAGCGUCAGCAUCUAUCAAGCGAAUUGUUCGCUAUCAAAUUCAACAUGCGAGGAUGUGAAUACGCCCAAUUACAAUUAUUGGGCGCUGAUACUUGUAAUAUUUCCAUUUCUAACACUCUUUGGCAACGUGCUAGUCAUCUUAGCAGUUCUUCGUGAGCGAACGUUGCAAACAGUAACAAAUUACUUCAUAGUAUCAUUAGCUAUUGCCGAUUUACUAGUAGCAGUGGUCGUUAUGCCCUUCGGAGUGUAUAUAUUGGUAAAUGGUGCUUGGUCUCUACCAAAUGUAGUAUGUGAUUUUUAUAUAGCAAUGGAUGUGAUUUGUUCAACAUCAUCAAUAUUUAAUUUAGUCGCGAUAUCUAUCGACAGAUACAUUGCCGUAACACAACCAAUUAAAUAUGCAAAGCAUAAAAACAGUCGAAGAGUUUGCUUAACGAUUCUUCUAGUGUGGGCAAUAUCAGCCGCAAUAGGAUCACCAAUUGUACUUGGUCUCAACAACACUCCUGAUCGUUUACCGGAUUUAUGCUUGUUUUAUAACAGUGAUUUUAUAGUAUAUUCAUCGUUAAGUAGUUUUUAUAUACCAUGCAUCAUCAUGGUAUUUUUAUACUGGAAUAUAUUUAAGGCACUUAGGACACGAGCAAAGAAGCAGCGAGCAGCUAGAAAACAUAAUAUAUCUGAUUUAACAGCUGGUGGUAGUAUAAUUGAAAAUAUUGCACAAACAAAAAGAUUAGCGGAAACAACAAUGGACGGAAGCAGUAAAAGUUCCAAAAUUAUACCCGAAGAAGAAAGACCAACAAAUACAGGAUCAGGCUCGAAUGAAGAUGAGGAUGAGAAUGCUGGGUCACCCGACGCAGACGACUGUCAUGUUAUAGUUAACGAUAAAUCAACCGAAUUUAUGCUGGCUACUGUAGUCGAAGAAACAAGCAAUGUGAUGGCACAAAUAACAACAACAACAACAGCACAAUCAGAUCCGAAUGGAAAUCACGAUUCUGGAUACGCACCGUCAAAUAUUGAAGAUAUAUUAGCAGCUAAUGUCACCCCGCCUGCCAGUCCUAAUCAGGCAACUAUUUUCGUUAAUCGAAAUGUCCAUUACAAGACAAAAAAUGGCUCAACGUCAACAACGCCAACGGCAAACACAACAAAGCAUCUCACACCAAACGCAUCACCAAAGAAAGAACCGUUUAGUGUCGCACUGAAACCAUUAUCGGUGGUACGUCACAAUGUACAGCAAGCACUUUCAUUAACACGAAACGAUUCCACAUUGUCAGCAAAUUCUCGCGAAAGCUCAAGAAAAGAUAACAAGAAUGUUCAAGCAUCGAGGUUCACAAUUUACAAAGUAAAUAAAGCAUCAAAGAAGAAGCGAGAAAAAUCUUCGGCAAAGAAGGAGCGAAAGGCAACAAAGACGCUUGCUAUUGUGUUGGGCGUCUUCCUGAUUUGUUGGGUUCCAUUUUUCACUUGCAACAUCAUGGAUGCGAUGUGUACAAAACUGAAUUACGACUGUCAACCCGGGGUAACUGCUUUUAUCCUCACAACAUGGCUAGGGUAUAUGAAUAGCUUUGUGAAUCCCGUCAUUUAUACGAUUUUCAAUCCCGAGUUUCGAAAGGCAUUCAAAAAAAUUAUGCACAUCGGAUAAUGCAGCAAAUUAAUUGCACCGUCUCGUCUACAACUACGAAAGUGAGCUUUAUAGCUAGUUGAGCUUUGUAAAAAUAGAAAUAGAAAUUGAAAUAGUAAACCAAGAAAAGGUUAGAAAUUAAAUUGUUAGAAAUUUAAUGAGUUUAAGCACCAACUAAACGUGUUGUUAAUUGAAAAGAAAAAAGAAUCUUCCUCUCG